AUGGCUAAAAGACAAGCAUCAUUGCUUUCAUUUGUCAGCAAGCCUUCCAAAAGGAGCAACAGUGAACCUAACCAAUCUCUUGUAACUGCAUCAGCUGAAGACAACUCACAAUCACUUGAGUCCAAUGUAACUCAAUCAGCUGCUGCUUCGUCUUCUACUUUUUCUCCUCCUUCACCUUCUCUUCCCCCUACUACUACUACUACGUCUACUACUAUCACCACUACUCUUGUUGUCAAUACUGGACCAGCAUCUUUGCCCUCUGCAUCUUCAUCACAAGCUCUACCACGAGAUAUAGCAAAGACAAAGAACGACAAGCCAGCCCAGCCUGAAGAUGCAGUAGUGUACCCAUCUCACACAUCUGGUAAUGUUAAGAGGUCUUUUCAGCCCAGCUGGUAUAGCUUAUAUCCUUGGAUGGAGUAUUCUGUGGAGCGUGAUUGUGUCUUUUGUUUUCCUUGCCGUUUCUUUGGAA